AGUCAACCUUCCAUCUUACGAUGACCUUCUCCACCGAACGGACCAAACCACACCGGAGCCUAGGAUUUGAGCUGCCGGCAAUUGGAGGUUGCUUUAUGCUGCUUCUCUUCCAUCUGUAACAGUAAAGGUUUAUAGAAAUGUCAGACUCUGAGGAGAUUCAGCCCCUUGUUUUUGACAUUGGAUCUGGAAUGGUGAAGGCAGGGUUUUCUGGUGAUAAUGCUCCUAGGGCAGUGUUCCCCAAUAUUGUGGGUAGGCCACGACACAUUGGUGUUAUGGUGGGCAUGAACCAGAAGGAUGCUUAUUUAGGAGAUGAAGCCAUGUGGAAAAGUGGUGUUUUGACUUUGAAAUACCCAAUUGAGCAUGGUGUUGUCAGCAACUGGGACGAUAUGGAAAAGAUUUGGCAUCACACUUUCUAUAAUGAGCUUCGUGUUGCUCCUGAAGAGCACCCUGUGCUUCUUACUGAGGCACCAUUAAAUCCCAAGGCAAACAGAGAGAAGAUGACUGAAGCCAUGUUUGAGACCUUCAAUGUUCCCGCCAUGUACAUUUCAAUCGGGGCCGUGCUUUCUUUGUAUGCGAGUGGCCGCACAACUGGCAUCGUGUUGGAUUCCGGAGAGGGUGUAUCCCACAUGAUCCCAAUUUACGAAGGGUACGCAUUUCCUCACACCAUCCGCCGUCUUGAUCUCGCUGGCCGUGACAUCACAGAUUACCUAACGAGAAUCCUGAUCGAAAGAGGCCACGCUUUCACCACUACUGCCGAACGGGAAGUUGUCCGUGACAUUAAAGACAAGCUUACAUAUGUGGCUCUUGAUUACGAGCAACAACUCGAAACUGCAAAAAGUAGUGCGAGUGCCUCUGUUGAAAAGAACUAUGAGCUGCCCGACGGACAGGUUAUCACGAUUGGGGCAGAGAGAUUCCGCUGCCCAGAGAUUCUCUUCCAGCCAUCUCUCAUUGGAAUGGAAGCUGCUGGUAUUCAUGAGAUGACCUACAAAUCUAUCAUGAAGUGUGAUGUUGAUAUCAGGAAGGAUCUUUAUGGAAAUAUUGUGCUUAGUGGUGGGUCAACCAUGUUCCCGGGCAUUGCUGACCGGAUGAGCAAGGAAAUCACUGCCCUUGCUCCUAGUAGCAUGAAGAUUAAGGUGGUUGCACCCCCGGAGAGGAAAUACAGUGUCUGGAUCGGAGGAUCAAUCCUUGCAUCUCUCAGCACCUUCCAACAGGUAAAUUAA